AAUAUUCCGGGUAUGAUUGUCACCUGAUGAGCUGCUCCCUUUGAAUAGAGCAGCUUUUAAUUUACACGAUAUUAUAAACUCCUAAUGGCUGCUAAUCCACCAAAGAUCAAAGUGCUGCUUAGUACCAACGACAGACUUCAGAAACUGAAAGAAGCAUUUCAUGGAAAGUAUGAAGAAUUUCCUCUUUUCUACGUUUGUGCUCCUGGCAGAGUGAAUUUGAUAGGCGAGCACAUUGACUACUGUGGUUAUGCUGUCCUUCCUAUGGCUAUUGAGCAAGAUAUCCUGGCUGCUGUGUCCGUGAACAACUCCCAAAUAAUCCAACUGGCCAACACUGAUCCCAAAUAUAAGAAUUUUACUGUGUCAGUCAGUGAAAUUACCAUAGACAGAGAGAAUCCUCAGUGGUACUAUUAUUUCCUUUGUGGAGUUAAGGGUGUUCAGGAGUUGCUGAGCUUGUCUUCUCUGGCUGGAAUUCGAUGUCUGGUGGAUGGAACUAUUCCUGCUAGCUCAGGACUGUCCAGUUCCAGUGCUCUAGUUUGCUGCUCUGGUCUGGUCACAAUGGAAGCCAAUCAACAGUCUAUUUCCAAAGUGGUGUUAGCUGAGACAUGUGCUAAGUGUGAACGCUACAUUGGCACUGAAGGAGGAGGGAUGGAUCAGUCCAUCUCAUUUCUCGCUGAAGAAGGAACUGCCAAGCUGAUUGAGUUCAAUCCUCUGAGAAGUACAGAUGUAAAGCUGCCAGACAGAGCUGUCUUUGUGAUCGCUAACAGCUGUGUGGAAAUGAACAAAGCAGCUUCAGCUCACUUCAACAUUCGAGUAGUGGAAUGUCGCCUUGCCACAAAAGUACUGGCUAAAGUUCGAGGACUGGAUUGGACUGCUGUGCAGAAGCUGGGACAGCUACAGACAGAGCUUGGUUUCAGUUUGGAGAAGAUGCUGGAGUUGGUGAUGGAAGUUCUUCAUCCUGAGCCCUACAGCAGAGAAGAAAUCUGUAAAGUUUUGGAAAUCACCAAUGAGCAACUAUGUGACAGCAUCCUCAGUGCCAACACACAGGACGUGACCCACUUCAAGCUGUACCUGCGGGCCAGGCAUGUGUACAGUGAAGCUGCUCGUGUGCUGGAGUUCAAGGCUGUAUGUGAUUCUCCACCUUCUGGUGCUGUGUUAAAGCUGGGUGAGCUGAUGAAUCAAAGCCAUGCCAGCUGCAGAGACUUCUAUGAGUGUAGCUGCUCUGAGCUGGACCAGCUGGUGGACACUUGUCUGCAGGCCGGUGCUGUGGGCUCCAGGUUAACAGGCGCUGGAUGGGGAGGCUGCACUGUUUCCAUGGUACCCACUGAAAAAGUGGCUUCUUUUCUUCAGACGGUGAAGGAGCGCUACUACAUGCCUGAUGCUCGCCGAGCAGCUCUUGUAAAGCAGAGCCUUUUUGUAACAAGGCCAGGAGGAGGAGCGGCCAUUUUUACAGAGGAAUAAAAUACAAGAGAGAUAUUUUUUAUGAUUAGUAAGAUUCUUGUCAUAAAUAAAGAUUUUGAUACAUAUUUUUAAAUUUGAGGGAAAUUAAUACAAAUUGUUUACAUGAAUUGUAGCAUGGUCAAAAAUGAUUUUCUAAUACAGUUUACUAACAUUUAGACUUUCUGAUUAAA